GAACAGAGAGCUCGAAGUUCGUACUUCACAAUCCGCUAAUCCUUGAUGGAAUUCAUCUAACACAAGAUGCAGUUUCUCUAAAACCCUAAUUUUCCAUAAACCCUAGUUCAUCAUACAAUAUGCUUCGCACACAUGUAGGGACACCUGAUAACUUUGCAUUACCUAGGGUUCGUUGUUCCCAAUCCAGCGUUACCCUUCACACCUCACUCCGUAUCAAAAUUCCACUUCGAAAUGAUUUAAAAGCUGCCGGAAGUAGAAGAAAAAGAGUGCAUUUUCCUCGCGCGUUUUUUUGGAAUUCGGAUUCGGGUCAAAGUAGUGAUAGUUCAACACAAGAUUUUGUGACGAGGGUUUUGAAGGAAAACCCUUGCCAGGUAGAACCGAGGUAUAAAAUUGGUGAUAAAUUGUAUACACUGAAGGAAAAAGAGGAUUUGGGGAAGAAGAGUUAUAAUGGUAAUGAUAAUGGAGCUUUGGAGAUUCUUAAGAGGUUGAAUUUGAAAGGAUCGAAUAACAACAGAAGUGGAGAUGGUGUGGAUUAUUCCAAGGAUGUAUAUUUGAAUGAUAUUUUGAGGAAAUUUAAAGGGAAGCUUUAUGUUCCUGAACAGAUAUUCGUAGAGGAAUCGUCUGAAGAAGCCAAGUUUGAUGGUGAGUUGGAAUUGUUGCCAAGAAUGAACUUCGAGGAUCUCCAGAGAGCUAUAAAGACUGAUAUGAUAAAGUUUUUGACUUUUAAGGAAGAGGAUGGGGUUGCCCAAGGGAAAAAGGAUUUCAUUGUGGAGUUGAAAGAGAUUCCAGGAGACAAGAACUUGCAGAGAACUAAAUGGUCAGUAAAGCUGGAUGGGUUUCAAGUCCAAACUGUUCUAAAGGAUUAUAAUGGACCCCGAUAUGAGAUAGAGACACAAACGAUGGCGUGGAUGGAAAAGCUGCCACAGUAUCCUACUUCAGUGGCAUCAUCAAUAUCAAGCAGGUUGAUGGUGGAACUUGGAGCAGUAACAGCUGCAAUUGCUGCAGCUGCUGUUAUUGUUGGAGGCUUUCUAGCUUCAUCAGCAUUUGCUGUGACCAGCUUCAUCUAUGCUGGGACUGUAUAUGUCAUCUGGCCAAUGACUAAAUCUUUUCUUACUGUUCCUUUACAAGUUCUUGUUGGUGUAUUAGAGAGAGUAGGGGAUGUCAUAUUAGACAUGAUCAUCUAUGGUGGCAUUUCCUCCAAGCUCAGUGAAUUGUAUUCAUUUGGGUUUUUUUCUUCCAUCUUUAAAGCAUCUAGACCCAUUUUGGUGAUAGGUUUAGGUAUGGUUAUUCUUCUCCGUUUUACUCUUUCCAGAAGGCCCAAGAAUUUCAGGAAAUGGGAUAUAUGGCAGGGGAUUGAAUUUUCUCAGUCUAAACCACAAGCUCGAGUUGACGGCUCGACUGGAGUUACAUUUAAUGAUGUGGCAGGGAUUGAAAUAGCAGUCGAAGAGCUCCAAGAGUUGGUCAAGUACUUGAAGACUCCUGAACUAUUUGACAAGAUGGGGAUAAAACCUCCUCAUGGGGUACUUUUGGAGGGGCCUCCAGGAUGCGGCAAGACCCUUGUUGCUAAAGCUAUAGCUGGUGAAGCUGGUGUUCCAUUUUAUCAAAUGGCUGGGUCAGAAUUUGUUGAAGUGCUAGUUGGUGUUGGUUCCGCUCGUAUCAGGGACUUGUUCAAAAGAGCUAAGGUCAACAAACCAUCUGUUAUUUUUAUUGACGAAAUUGAUGCACUAGCUACAAGGCGUCAAGGAAUAUUCAGUGACAAGACGGAUGAUCUUUAUAAUGCUGCUACACAAGAAAGAGAAACUACAUUGAAUCAGCUGUUGAUAGAGCUGGAUGGAUUUGAUACGGGAAAAGGUGUCAUAUUUUUGGCUGCUACAAAUCGUAAAGAUUUGUUAGAUCCUGCACUUCUCCGCCCUGGUCGCUUUGAUCGAAAGAUACGAAUCCGGCCUCCUAAUGCGAAAGGGAGAUUGGAAAUAUUGAAAGUGCAUGCCCGCAAAGUGAAGGUGUCAGAAUCUGUUGAUUUGUCCAUUUAUGCCCAAAACCUUCCUGGAUGGAGUGGUGCAAGGUUGGCUCAGCUCCUCCAAGAGGCUGCUCUUGUGGCUGUAAGGAACAAACAUGACUCAAUCCUUCAGUCAGAUGUCGGUGAAGCUGUUGAUCGGCUAACCUUGGGUCCUAAACGUCUUGCAUUAGAGUUGGGUCAUCAGGGGCAAUGCCGUCGAGCCACAACUGAAGUGGGAACUGCACUGACUUCCCAUCUUUUAAGAAGAAUAGAGAAUGCGAGCAUUGAACGCUGUGAUAUCAUAUCGGUUCAUCCUCGUGGCCAGACCCUAUCGCAAGUGGUAUUCAGUCGACUUGAUGAUGAGAAGUAUUUAUUUGAGCGCCGGCCACAGUUGCUUCACCGCCUUCAGGUUUUACUCGGAGGGAGGGCUGCUGAAGAGGUGAUUUUCGGAAGGGAUACAUCAAAAGCAUCGCUCACUUACCUUGCGGAUGCAACUUGGCUUGCUCGUAAAAUUAUCACUAUAUGGAACAUGGAGAACCCGAUGGUUAUACAUGGGGAACCGGCUCCAUGGAGAAGGCAACCUAAGUUUGUGGGUCCACGGCUAGACUUUGAAGGUUCGUUAUAUGACGAUUAUGAUCUAAUAGAGCCACCACUCAACUUCAAUAUGGACGAUGAAAUCGCAAAAAGUACAGAAGAGUUGAUAUCUAACAUGUAUGGGAAGACCGUUGCUUUGCUGAGGCGCCACCAUACCGCUUUGCUCAAAACCGUUAAGGUUCUUCUUCGUCAAUUGGAGAUGAGCGGAGAUGAAAUCGAAUUUAUUUUGGACAUGUACCCGCCAAACACUCCAACAAGUCGGUUACUCGAGGAAGGCGAUCCAUCGAGCCUUUCAUUCUUCAAACAAACACAAGAACGAGAACACGAUGUCGAAUUCAAGUAUAGCAUCUUGAAUCAAUGAUGGCAUUCAUUGCAUUUCUUCAAGAUUUUGUAUGUUGGUGGUGUGUGAAAAGGGUAGCAGCAAGAAAUUUUGUUGGCAGAGAGAAUUUGUGGUUUUAGUAUUUGUGUUGUAGGGUUUGUAGAAAUCUUGGAAGAGUCAUAUAGAAUGAUUCAUAUGUAUGUUGGUUCUAAAGUUCAUAAAUUGAUCCCAGAUUUGACUUUUUGACUUUUCUUGGAUUGGGUCAAACAUUUUAUUGGGAUUUUUGUAUUAUUAUGUUGUUUAUUAAGAAAAGAGUAAAAUCAUGAUUUUCGGUCA